AUGGCGGAUGCAGAAGCAUCAGCGAUGCUCCCGGACGGCGGAGAGGACCAAGGCUUGACCAAUUCACAACCCGUAGACCACGACAGCCCUCACUCGGACACUGGAGAUCGCGAAGCCGGUAUCACUUCGCCACAAGAUAAGAUUAGGAAGAAGCGAACGAGGCUGCGCCAGGCUUGCGAUGCUUGCCGGUUGAGAAAGGUUCGAUGCGACGAAGGGAAUCCUCCAUGCAAGCCUUGCCAGGCUCAGGGCCUGCUCUGCGCGUAUACUCGGCUUCGGAAGAAACCAGGACCUCCGGUCAGGCGAACGAAGGAUCUCCCGAGAGCGCACCCGGAACAAAAUGGAUUGGAAGCAUCGCCAAUGCAGAUUUCAGAUGUCACAAGUGCGCCUAUACAAGUUUCAACUCCUACAACCACUACUAGGCUGGUAUCGUUACCGCCGGGAUCCGAUCAGUCUGAAGGCGUUCACCGAGCUCACAGGACCCCAUCCAAUGCUACCGUCUUUUCGCCCUCGGUGGGGCAGUUUCCUGAUGCUGGAACUUCAAGUUCGAGUGGCUUUUUCAGUGCCCUGUCCCCAGUGGUUACAAGCUCUGGCUCCUUCCCAGCGUUACCGGCCUACCGCAUGGAUAUCACAACAGACUUUCUUCUUCCCAGAGACGUUCUGAGGCUAUUGCUCAAAGAUUUUUUCUAUUACAUUUACCCGCUCAAUCCGAUCGUUCAUGAGCCUUCUUUUACCUCGGAUUUCAAUGCAAGACGAGACAAAUCCGAUCCUAUGUUUUUAUCAUUGAUAUUUGCAAUGUGCACUGUCACAAUCAUAUCAUUUCCGAGGAAGCUCCAGUCAUACUGCCAAGGGCGGUAUUAUAAUACUGCUAUCCAAAUGGCGGAACGUGCACACCGACUCGCUUUACUUGCCCGACCUGUGGAUUACCUGGAAAGACUGGACGUGACCCUGCUUUCGUCUUUGUAUCUCUUAUCCUUGAGUGCCUGGUAUUCGAAUAACACAAACCGAGGCUCCUUCUACUUUGCGGAACUUUCGCUCGCGUUGACUAUCUUGGAACGGUCCUCCCCAUCUAGCCAGUUUAACAACCCGGAUUUCUCCCAUGGUUUCAUGUCAUCCAACAACUUGAUUACCAUGGAGCUAAGGAAACGUGUUUUCUGGAUCACAGUCGUUGGAGAGAUAUCCCGAUACUCCAUGGAAGGAAAAAUCAACUUGCCUUUGUUCCUCAAGUAUAGCUCCGCGGAUCUAGACCAGUUGUAUCUGGAUACCGUCCCGGCGGAGAUCGAUGAUGCAUUUAUAACACCAACUACCUUCAACUUCGGCGCUGCCCGGAUGGAGACUAAGAUAAGCCACUUGGUGGGCUUCAACGCUUGCUCCAAAAUACAUCUUAUCUACGCCAAAUACGUAGCAACAUGCCACAAUGAUGAAACCGGUGUCUGGAGAUCAGCAGACCCGGAGAUGAAGCGGAGAGUUCUAAAAACUUUCCUCAAAGAUAUGAAAACUGCUCUAGAUUGGCUCCCACCUGAUCUAAAGCUGGAUAUGAGAAUGGCGGAGGCAAAUGCUGGUACUGAUGCAGAUGGACUUCCGCUAGAAAUGGUCCCUUGGCCAGCGAAUGCAACUACGGAUGGUGACAUCUACGUCAGCAUGCAGGCAUUCUUAGGAAGGAAAACCCUAUACCAGGCGGCGGCUGAGCUUCCAGAUGGCAUCAACAUCCCUGACCCAGAUCGCCAUGAGAUUUCCUACGAAGUGCAAAAGGCAAAUCUCUACGUUACUCAAUUGUAUCUCUUCUCAAUAUUCCUAUCCGACUAUUCGCGUGUUUUAGCGGACCUAUCACCUGGAUCAGGUAAAAUUAAACUCGUUAAUCCUAACGAGGAAAUUGACGUCACUCACGAUACAGACUAUAUCUGUCGUGCAAUGCUCGUUGUCAUGAGAUGCAUUAAGUUCGAGCAUUUAGAGCCGAACGGCCAGAGUAUUAUUGCCAAAAUCAGAAUAAUUGCGGCAUCACUUCUUAACGAUAUUCGAAAUGACAUUAGCUACGGCCAACAACCUUCAACCCCAUCCUCGACGUCGUCAUUCGCAAACAAGGCCAGAACGGAAGCCUAUCUUGUGGCAUUCCUUGAAUUGUUAUCAAAACUUGCCGGCGAAAAUAAUGCUGAGGACCGGGGCUGGCUGCAAGGGCUUAGGAAUGAGGCUAAUGCCACCGCUUAA